AUGAUCGGGAAGGCGAGGUUGCUAGCAGAAGCCAAAGCUAUAGAAGAUGCUCAAAGCAAGCGGAAGCAGAAGCCAAUAGGAGGAGAGAGCUGGACAGAGAAGCAGCUCGAGAGGCAUUGCUCAAGUCACAAACCGCAUCCAGCUUUCAGUGAAGCCAUAAUCAGAGAAGGCGAUUUGACUGCUGGGAGAUUUCAGCUCGCGCAAGUGCAAGCCCUCGGGCUUAUCGGCUUCCUCGAUUCCCGCUCUCACUCUCAAGUCGACAAGGCCUUUAUACGUCUGAUUCGUCAUGAAGCUGUAACCAAGCUCGAUACGGCUCGACGCUCAUUGGUUCCUAAUUCUGGCCAACUAUUCCCCAUCAUCAUCGCAUUCCUCGUUGUCAUGCUGCCUUCACAGAUCGACGACACUUUCAUUUGGGUUUGA